AGGCGUUCUGUGGGCUGGGCUGGGAACCUCCUCCCCGAGGCACUGUCGGCUUGACCCCCCGGCCCGAGGGAGGGACGGUGCCAGGGGGCAGUCUUAGUAAAACUCCCCUGUUCUAGUCUCCACCCCGCAGUGGCAGAGACGCAGAGGGCGGGUGGCGUCCAAGGGCCCAGGGGAGACUGACCCGCCCCGGGUCCAGGGCCCUCCACACCCGCCUGGCGGCCAGAACACCAGCCCUGGGGAGUGGGCAGGGCCUGUGCCCCGAGCCUCACGCCCUGCUUUUUCGCCUCCUUUAGCAGCUCGCUGUCUGUUAGCUGUUUUUCCUGCUCUCUCUCUCCUGGGAGGCGAAUCCUUGAGCCCGAGAUGGCAGCCACCCUGCUCAUGGCUGGGUCCCAGGCCCCAGUGACAUUUGAAGAUAUGGCCAUGUAUCUCACCAGGGAAGAAUGGAGACCUCUGGAUCCUACACAAAGGGACCUUUACAGGGAUGUUAUGCAGGAGAAUUACGGAAAUGUUGUGUCAUUAGAUUUUGAAAUCAGAAGUGAAAAUGAUGCGAAUCCAAAGCAAGAGCUUAAUGAAGAUGUAGAAUUUGGGAGUACAUCUGAAAGACCUGUUGACAAUACUGAGGAAAAUCCUGAAGGUGAAGAGGCCUUUGGAAAUGGGGAUAGAACCGAAAGACAGUGGGGAGAUUUAACAGCAGAAGAGUGGGUAAACUAUCCUCUCCAGCAAGUCACUGAUCUUCUUGUCCACAAAGAAGUACACACAGGCAUCCAGUACCAUAUAUGUUCUCAUUGUGGAAAGGCUUUCAGUCAAAUCUCUGACCUUAAUCGACAUCAGAAAACUCACACUGGUGACAGACCCUAUAAAUGUUAUGAAUGUGGAAAGGGUUUCAGUCGAAGUUCACACCUUAUUCAGCAUCAGAGAACACACACCGGGGAAAGACCCUAUGAUUGUAAUGAGUGUGGGAAAAGUUUUGGAAGAAGCUCUCACCUCAUUCAGCACCAGACAAUUCACACUGGAGAAAAGCCCCAUAAAUGUAAUGAGUGUGGAAAAAGUUUCUGCCGGCUGUCUCAUCUAAUCCAGCAUCAAAGAACCCACAGUGGGGAGAAACCCUACGAGUGUGAGGAGUGUGGGAAAAGCUUCAGCCGGAGCUCUCACUUAGCUCAACAUCAAAGGACCCACACAGGUGAGAAACCUUACGAAUGUAAUGAGUGUGGGAGAGGCUUCAGUGAAAGAUCUGAUCUCAUCAAACAUUAUCGAGUUCAUACUGGUGAGAGGCCCUACAAGUGUGAUGAGUGUGGAAAAAAUUUCAGUCAAAACUCUGAUCUUGUGCGCCAUCGCAGAGCCCACACGGGAGAAAAGCCAUAUCACUGUAAUGAGUGUGGGGAGAAUUUUAGUCGCAUUUCACACUUGGUUCAGCACCAGAGAACUCACACUGGGGAAAAGCCAUAUGAAUGUAAUGCUUGUGGGAAAAGCUUUAGCCGAAGCUCUCAUCUCAUUACACACCAGAAAAUUCACACUGGAGAGAAGCCCUAUGAGUGCAAUGAGUGUUGGCGAAGCUUUGGUGAAAGGUCAGACCUAAUUAAACACCAGAGAACUCAUACUGGAGAGAAGCCCUAUGAAUGUGUGCAGUGUGGAAAAGGUUUCACCCAAAGUUCCAACCUCAUCACACAUCAGCGAGUUCAUACAGGAGAGAAACCUUAUGAAUGUACUGAAUGUGAGAAGAGUUUCAGCCGAAGCUCAGCUCUUAUUAAACAUAAGAGAGUUCACACAGAUUGAAUCUUAUAAUGAUGAUGACUGGGAAUGAUUCCUUUGAAGGUACAACUUUAUUUGAUAUCAAAGAACUCUUGCAACUGAGCUGUUCUUUUACCAUAUUCAGUUUUCUGGUUAUGUACCACAGUUUAAAUCAUCAAAGAAAAGAAGCCAUUUGAAGUUUUAAUCCACAGCUUUGGAAAUGGUAUCCUCACCUCUAAACCAGUACUUUUUUUUUGGCAGGGGGGUUUGGGCCACAACCCGGUGAUGCUCAGGGGUUACUCCUGGCUUGGGGGAUCAUAUGGGACGGCGGGGAUCGACCCAAGGUCCAUCCUGGAUCAGCUGCAUGCAAAGCAAAUGCCCUACCGCUACACUGUUGCUCUAGGCCCUACACCAGACCUUUUUAUUCAUUCAGUAUUGACCAAUUACUUCAUCAAAAUCAACCUCAUUUGUAACUGGAAGUCUGAAGAUCAGGCAAUAAACACUAAUAAAUGCUCUGGCUAGAAAUGGAGUAAACCUUUAAAAA